CAUCAAAUACAAAGAAAACAAAACCAUUUCCAAAAAAAAAAGAGAGCAUGAGAAACAAAGGACAAAAACAGAACAAGUUCUUGAGAAUAAUCACAGCACCUUUAAGAGCUUUAGGCAAGGCUCGUGAUUUCUACAUAAGAAGCAUCACCGGUUGCUCAGCUCGGACUCACUAUUCAUCCGCAGCCUCCGUCUCCACUCCUUUUCCAAGAAGCCGGAGCUCAUCCUCCGCCGCCUUCUCCUCCUCCGCAUCUACCCGGAGAACAACUGAUUUUGGGAUUGACGAUGAUUAUAGCGAGCUAGUGAGAGCUGCUUCGGUUAGGAGCUUAGGGCACAAGAAUGAGAUCGACAUGUUUUUACACGAGAAGUUGCAACAAGAGAAGCUGAGGCAAAGAGGCUUGCCGAAGAGCUCGAGCGUGGGGAUGGCGAAGAUAGAGGAAGAGGAUGAAGCAGAGGAAGGAUCUGUGAAUCCCAAGAUGGCAAAGAAAGUUUCUGAUCUCAAGUAUCCUCGUAGCAAAUCAUAUGCUGUUACUGAGUUCUCGUGUCCUAAUCCAGCUAACCUCGUGAAUAUACGAAUCUUCCAAUAUAAUUUUUUGAAGGAUUUGAUGAACCAGUUUGUUUUGCCAUGCGCAUGUAAGGCAUCUCAAUUUAUAAUGUGUUUUGAUUAUUAUAGCAAGGAAAGUGUUGUGCAUACUGCUUACCACUAAAUCACGGAAAAGCGUGUAUGAAUCAUCGAACUUUGUUAUAAAUUUUCAUUCUUUUUUUGGAUUAAUAUUACAUUUUGUUGU